AUGUUGUUGUCGAAUAGAGAGAUCCUGGAACACGAUACUUAUAGCUUUGGCGCCUCCGAUUUCCUCAUGGUUACCGAUCUUUUCGAGGGGAUAGGGAUCGAAAAUUACCUUGCCGAGUACGAAAUAGGAUCCGGGGCCUUCUACAGAGCCAACAAUCUAGUGAGAAAGAAAGACCACCCAAAGAAGCAAGAAAUCCAAGUCAUCGAAGUGUUCCACUCUCAAAAGAAACAGAUUCUCUGGAUCUGGUCCCUUGACGUGGAUGAGUUCUCGGGCACUGAGUUGACCACACUGAAAAAGGUGAACACGCCCAGUAUGGAAUCCCAACGACUCUACUGUAAAUGGCAGGACACAUGGGUCGAGAUUGCAAAUGCUCAAAAGGGGGAACUGGGGGCUGCGAUAAAUAAGAUAACAGGCAUGGGGCUUAAGGCUAAGGAGAUAACCACCGAAAAAAAUGAAGAGAGAGGUAUCGAGUUGCGUGUGGUAUAUCUCGAGGAUACCACAGAUUAUAGAGCUAUAGGGCGUGUUUAUACCAACUAG